CGUGUCGAGUUUGAGUCCUCUCAGCGCCCGUAGUUCCCGAACUACGACCGUUCCUCCUGGCUGUCCACGGGCCAUCACGCAUGCGUCAUUCCGUUGAAUGGGGGCCCUCCUCAUCCUGAUCGCCGCGGCAGGGGCGUUGGCCGCGGUCGUGGCCCUGCGGCUAUGGCUCGUGCUUCAUUCACAGGUCACUGUGCCCCGGAAGUCUGUCAGCCUCUUGGUGGUGGCCGGGUCCGGCGGGCACACCACCGAGAUGCUGAGGCUGCUCGGGCACUUGUCCAGCGCCUACCGCCCCAGGCACUACGUCAUUGCCGACACGGACGAGUUCAGUGCCCAGAAGAUACAUUCUUUCGAACAGAGCCGAGCUGAGAGAGACCCCGGUACCACGCGGCCCGAGUACCACAUCCACCGCAUCCCCCGGAGCCGCGAGGUCCAGCAGUCCUGGCUGUCCACCGUGUUCACCACCCUGCGCGCCGCCUGGCUCUCCUUUCCGCUGACCUACCGCCUGAAGCCAGACCUGGUGCUGUGCAACGGGCCGGGCACCUGCGUGCCGGUGUGCGCGGCGGCGCUGCUGCUGGGGCUGCUGGGCCUGAAGAAGGUGCUCCUGGUCUACGUGGAGAGCGUCUGCCGCGUGGAGCGCCUGUCCCUGUCCGGCGCCCUCCUGCGCCCCUUCUGCGACUACUUCCUGGUGCAGUGGCCCACGCUGAAGGAGAAGCACCCCGGCUCCGUGUUCCUGGGGCGGCUCGUCUGACGGGCGGCGGCCUGCCCCCUCCGACCCCGCGGCCCCGCUGUCGGCCACAGGACGCGUGUGUCGCGAAGCCGUCUGAGCGCCCGGGGGACUGUCGGUCGUCGGGAGAGGAGUGUGGCACCCAGGGAGGCGCCGGGUGCUCCUGUGGGACGCACGUCAGCCCCAGCCUGUGUGCGUGGCUCUGGGGACUGAGCACCAGCCUGCGAACCACAGGGUCCCCGGUUCGAUUCCCAGUCAGGGCACGUGCCUGGGCUGCGGGCCGGGUCCUCGGUGGGGGCGCAUGAGAAGCAACCGCGCAUGGGCGUUUCUCUCCCUCCCUGCCUCCCUCCCCUCCCCCUCUCUAAACAAAUAAAAUCUUUAAAAAGAGACAAACAUUAAUAAACCAUUCAGUACUCA